UUUUAAAAAAGAAAAUUGAAUUUUACAUAAAUAAUUAUUAUUUAAUUUUUUUCUUUCACUUUUCAAAAGAGAAUGGAUUGUAUAAACUAUGAAUGCAGUUUCGUUUUCUCCUUCCCAAAACAUUCUGUAAGAAAAGUAAACAGGGUAGAGCUAAAAAGGACAAAAAAAGAACAUGUGAUUGUGUCAAAUUGUCAAAGACAAAAACUCCAUGAACAACUGUUUCCUAUGGAAACUACUCCAGUUUCUGAGGAUUGUUGUGUUAAGGUUGCUGUUCAUGUAAGACCACUUAUUGUUGAUGAAAAGCUUCAAGGUUGUAAUGAUUGUGUUACCGUUAGCCCAGGGAAACCUCAGGUUCAGAUUGGGACACAUUCCUUUACAUUUGAUCAUGUCUACGGUAGCACCACGGGUUCACCGGCAUCUUCCAUGUUCGAUGAAUGUAUUGUUCCACUUGUUAAUGGUUUGUUCCAAGGAUAUAAUGCUACUGUUCUUGCUUAUGGUCAGACUGGAUCAGGUAAAACAUAUACUAUGGGAACAGGUUUCAAAGAUGGUUGUCAUAUAGGAAUCACUCCACAAGUAAUGAAUGCUUUGUUCAACAAGAUUGAUAGUCUAAAACAUCAAAUCCAGUUCCAAUUACAUGUUUCCUUCAUUGAGAUUUUGAAAGAAGAAGUGCAUGAUUUGUUGGAUCCGACGUCUCCGAACAAAUCAGAUACUGCAAGCACGGGAAAAGUACAUGUCUCCGGAAAACCACCUAUUCAGAUUCGUGAAUCAUCGAAUGGUGUUAUUACAUUAGCAGGAUCUACUGAAGUUAGUGUUACUACAUUAAAAGAAAUAGCAGCUUGCUUAGAACAAGGAUCGUUGAGUCGAGCAACCGGGAGUACGAACAUGAACAACCAAUCAAGUCGCUCGCAUGCAAUCUUCACCAUCACGUUAGAGCAAAUGCCAAUUACCGGAGAUGGAAGUACUAAUGACGUUAUGAAUGAAGAAUAUCUUUGUGCCAAGUUACAUUUAGUAGACCUUGCUGGUUCGGAACGAGCAAAAAGAACAGGUUCUGAUGGUAUGCGUUUUAAAGAAGGAGUUCAUAUCAACAAGGGCUUGCUUGCACUUGGUAAUGUCAUUAGUGCACUUGGUGAUGAAAAAAAACGCAAAGAAGGUAUUCACGUUCCAUAUCGAGAUAGUAAACUUACUCGGCUUUUGCAGGAUUCACUUGGUGGCAACAGCAGAACUGUCAUGAUAGCCUGCAUUAGUCCGGCCGAUAUCAAUGCCGAGGAAACUCUUAAUACUUUGAAGUAUGCAAAUCGAGCUCGUAAUAUCCAAAACAAGCCUGUUGUUAACCGAGAUCCUAUGUCCAACGAGAUGCUAAAAAUGCGUCAACAAUUACAGUAUCUGCAAGCCGAACUUUGUGCUCGUGGGGGUUCUGAUGAAGUACAGGUUCUCAAGGAAAGAAUUGCUUGGCUUGAAGCUACUAAUGAGGAUCUUUGCCAAAAACUUCAUGAGUACCGCAAAAAAUGCAACAUUACGGAGCAAUGUGAAAUAGAUUCGAGAAACUUUGAUGAAGAGACAGCUAAAGAAUGGGAGCACAAACUUCUACAGAACACGAUGGACAAAGAGUUACACGAGUUGAACAGACGUCUCGAGGAGAAAGAGUCCGAGAUGAAACUUUUCGGAGGCGACACGGUUGCACUGAAGCAGCAUUUUGGGAAGAAAAUUCAGGAACUAGAAGAUGAGAAAAGAGCUGUGCAGCAAGAACGAGAUCGUUUAUUGGCUGAAAUUGAAAAUCUUUCUGCUGGUUCUGAAGGACAAAAACAAAGAGUGCAGGACAUACAUGCUCAAAAACUAAUGUCCCUUGAAGCACAGAUUCUAGAUUUUAAGAGAAAACAAGAGAACCAAGUUCAAGUUUUAAAGCUGAAACAUAAGAGCGAUGAAGCAACAAAACGACUGCAAGAUGAAAUUCAAUUCAUAAAGGCACAAAAGGUUCAGUUACAACAUAGGAUAAAACAAGAGGCCGAACAAUUCCGUCAAUGGAAAGCUUCUAGAGAAAAAGAACUAUUGCAGUUGCGAAAAGAGGGCCGGAGAAAUGAGUAUGAAAGACACAAGCUGCAAGCUAUAAACCAACGGCAAAAAAUGGUUCUCCAAAGAAAAACCGAGGAGGCAGCCAUGGCUACCAAGAGACUAAAAGAGUUGCUCGAAGCUCGUAAAUCAUCUGCCCGAGAUAACACAGGUAUGCUUUUGCAGACAAAUGAGAAAGCAUUACAACGAUGGCUAGAACAUGAAUUAGAAGUGAUGGUGAAUGUACAUGAAGUUCGGUUUGAGUACGAGAGUCAAAGCCAAGUUCGAGCUGCAAUGGCGGAAGAGUUAGCUGUUUUGAAGAACAGAUUUGCAAGGGCAUCCUCAAUGACACUAAAUGCAAGAAUGACUAGAAUAGCUUCACUUGAGAAUAUGCUUAGCAUAUCAUCGGAUUCACUUAUAGCAAUGGCUUCACAACUUUCAGAAGCAGAAGAACGAGAGCGUUCUUUAACUAACCGUGGACGUUGGAAUCAGUUGCGGUCCAUGGGAGAUGCAAAGAACUUACUUCAAUACAUGUUUAAUUCUCUUGGUGAUACAAGAUGUCAAUUAUGGGAAAAAGACAUGGAAAUCAAGGAAAUGAAAGAACAGCUUAAAGAACUUGUAAGUCUGUUGCGACAAAGCGAGUUACAACGAGAAGAUGUAGAGAAUGAGCUAAAAUUAAGAGAGCAAGCUGUCGCCAUUGCAUUGGCUACAUCACCGAAUUCAUUGGAGCACAUCACUGAUGACAUGAACGGCUUGUUGUCUCCAAUGUCUGUGCCAGUACGGAAACAGCUGAAAUAUUGCCCUGGUAUCGUAAACGUCCCAGUCAGAGAAUUGGUGCCGUUCAUAGAUCAAACACGAAAGAUGGUACCACUAAGUCAAUUACCGAUGAAAAAGUUAGUCGCCAUAGGACGAGCCGGUAAUGGAAAACUAUGGAGGUGGAAAAGAUGGCAUAACAAAUGGCACGUACAAUACAAAUGGAAAUGGCAAAAGCCCUGGAGACUCUCAGAAUGGAUUAGGCACAGUGAAGAAAACAUUAUAAAGGCAAAGCCUCGUUCACGAAGUUUUUCGUAUUGAAUUCGAUAUUCCAUGGUACGAGAUUAUAUUGGCCGUAUUAAUCUUUGAUUUCUGGCCAUGGUGCAGUGGAACCUAGGAAAAACUGCUGUGUAUCGGAACUGGCUAUAGGAAUCUACAUACACCGUAUCGGUAUGGUUGAUUUUGAAAAUAUCAACACUAUAAAUUUGUCAUCUUCAAAUAUAAAAAAUUUCAAAUAUUUUUUCUUGCUUGUAAAGAAGUGUCGAUGCUGCCGAUAGCAACGGUGUGCCGAGUUCGUUGACAUGGUUUCAGUGUUGAUGCUUUAAGCAAAAAUAUAAUGGAUAUAGUCCCUUCAGCUGUCUCACAGGUUUUGGCUUAUUGCCCAUCAAUAAUAUAAACGUUAAGAGAAGAAAGUCAGGAAUAAUCUGUAUGAAAGAUUGGAGUAUAAUAAGUAUUUUGUUUUUUAGUUCUCCAUUUUGUACCUAAUGUGUAAUUUUUAAUGUUCAUAUGUUUCAGCUUCUUAUUAAUUGUUAUAAAUGGAAAAAUCUUCAGCU